AUGGACACCUCAUUAGUAACAGACUACACUCUAGAGAAAGGCCACUGCCUGUCUCUGCCUAAAGGCCACUGCCUGUCUUUGCCUAAAGGCCACUGCCUGUCUCUGCCUAAAGGCCACUGCCUGUCUCUGUCUAAAGGCCACUGCCUGUCUUUGCCUAAAGGCCACUGCCUGUCUCUGCCUAAAGGCCACUGCCUGUCUCUGUCUAAAGGCCACUGCCUGUCUCUGCCUAAAGGCCACUGCUUGUCUCUGCCUAAAGGCCACUGCCUGUCUCUGCCUAAAGGCCACUGCCUGUCUCUGCCUAAAGGCCACUGCCUGUCUCUGCCUAAAGGCCACUGCCUGUCUCUGUCGAAAGGCCACCGCCUGUCUUUGUCUAAAGGCCACUGCCUGUCUCUGUCUAAAGGCCACUGCCUGUCUCUGCCUAAAGGCCACUGCCUGUCUCUGCCUAAAGGCCACUGCCUGUCUCUGGCUAAAGGCCACUGCCUGUCUCUGUCUAAAGGCCACUGCCUGUCUCUGCCUAAAGGCCACUGCCUGUCUCUGCCUAAAGGCCACUGCCUGUCUCUGCCUAAAGGCCACUGCCUGUCUCUGUCUAAAGGCCACUGCCUGUCUCUGCCUAAAGGCCACUGCCUGUCUCUGCCUAAAGGCCACUGCCUGUCUCUGCCUAAAGGCCACUGCCUGUCUCUGUCUAAAGGCCACUGCCUGUCUCUGCCUAAAUGCCUGAUACAAUCCAUCAAAUAUCACCAAAAUAUGGUUACAUCCGAUAAGAAUCAAGCUUUUCAUGUCCAAACCAUGUCCUCAUGUCCUCGUGUCCAAACCAUGUCCUCAUGUCCUCGUGUCCAAACCAUGUCCUCAUGUCCAAACCAUGUCCUCAUGUCCAAACCAUGUCCUCAUGUCCUCGUGUCCAAACCAUGUCCUCAUGUCCUCAUGUCCAAACCAUGUCCUCAUGUCCAAACCAUGUCCUCUGCCAAACUACUUGCCAGUGAAAUGGCAGAGAUUAAAGAGUCCCUAAACUUCAUGUCAAGGGAUAUCAGUGAAGUGGCUAAACAACAGAAAGAAUUUUCCGGCCUCAUGGAAGAGAUUCGGGAGCUAAAGUCUAUCAUCAAACAGAAAGAACAAAGGAUUGAGUUCCUGGAACAGAGGGUGGAUGAUUUGGAGCAGUACUCCAGAGCAGAAGACCAGGCAUAA